AUAAAUUCUCUCAGAACGGCACAAUAAUGAAACCCACUCUCUCACUCAUUCUCUUCAUUGCUUUUUCCUUCAAAGAAUUUGAAAUCAUGGCCAUGCCCGGCGCUCUGCAGGAAUCCCGUGGUGCCGAGAACAGCGUCGAAAUCGACGAACUCGGUCGUUUUGCCGUCCAAGAACACAACAAGAAACAGAAUGCGGUUCUUGAGUUUGGAAGAGUGGUGAAGGCGCAAGAACAGGUGGUUGCUGGUACUUUGCAUCAUCUUACUAUCGAGGCUAUCGAAGCGGGGAAGAAGAAGCUUUAUGAAGCAAAGGUUUGGGUGAAGCCAUGGAUGAAUUUCAAAGAUUUACAGGAAUUUAAGCACGUUGGCGAUUCCCCUCCCACGUUUACCUCUUCUGAUCUCGGUUGUAAGAAAGAGGGUCAUGGCCCUGGAUGGCAAGAAGUGCCAGCUCAUGAUCCUGUGGUGCAGGAUGCAGCUAAUCAUGCUGUUCAAACCAUUCAGCAAAGGUCCAAUUCUCUCUUCCCCUUUGUACUUCAAGAGAUCGUUCAUGCAAAAGCUGAGGUAGUAGAAGAUUUUGCGAAAUUUAACAUGCUUCUGAAAGUGAAAAGGGGAGACAAGGAGGAGAAGUUCAAGGUGGAGGUACACAAGAAGACUGCAGGAACCUUCCAUCUCAAUCAGAUGGAACAAGAUCACUCUUGAAGCUUUAUUUUGCGUUGACCCAGUAUAUGAUACAUCCCUUUUCUGUGGGUAGGGAUUUCUGUUUAUAUGCUGCUGGUGCUGACGCUACUACUUAUGCUACAUAAAAUCUGUUUUACGUAUUAACUAUCUAAAUGUAAUUGCUACAAACAAUUUAUAGUGGUGAAUUAUGAUGAAAGUUCUUUUGCUUCAAGGUGGUUGAAUUAUUUUUCAUACAAUA